AUGACUCGUGAAAUCCAGCAAGUGGCCGUGAUCGGUGCUGGCAUUAGUGGUGUUGUCUCCGCGGCCCACCUUCUUGCGCACGGGAUCGACGUCACUGUCUUUGAACGGAAUCAUGCAGCAGGUGGCGUUUGGCUUCACGAUGAAAGAAAACCACUCGAACCUAAUUACCCGGCCAUAAAGCCGUCCAUCUCAGAGAGACAUCGAGAGGAGGACCGUAGACAUGCCGAUGCAUUAUUAUUGGAGCACGCUCCACCAGGACCAUGCUAUGAUGGACUCAAAAACAAUGUGGCCACAUCGCUGAUGCGGGUCAAACUCAAUGCCUGGCCGAAAGGAACACCGGAGUUUGUCAGCCAUACGGUAAUGAAGGAGUACAUCCAGGAUACGUCGAAGAAAGCCGGUGCCGAAAGCGUUACAAUAUACGGAGCUCGAGUGACCAGGUUGCGCAAGAUUGAUCGCAAAUGGGACGUUACGUGGACGACCUUGAAGAAAACCACACAAUCGGGAACAUUUGAGGAACAGGAGGAAACUGCUAAAUUCGAUGCGGUAAUAGUCGCUUCAGGCCACUAUCAUGCGCCUCGGGUUCCAGAUACACCUGGGCUGUCCAAAGCGAAAGCACAGUGGCCGUCGCGCAUAACUCACUCGAAGGGGUACAGAAGCCCGAACCCUUACGCUGGCAAGAACGUCUUGCUCAUUGGAGGCGGGGUAUCCUCAACGGAUCUUGCUCGAGAAAUCGGUCCCUUGGCCAAGAACGUCUACCAAAGCACGCGGAACGGUGAAUUCGAUAUCUCUGCCAGUGUCCUUCCGGAGAAUGGUACAAGAAUCAGUGAGAUAGAACGAUUCGAAAUCGAGGCAAAGGCUGCUACAGAUGAUGAGGCUUUGCCGAUCAAGGUACACCUGAAGUCAGGGCAGACGCUUUGUGGAAUUGAUGCGAUCAUCAUCUGUACCGGAUACCAUAUCACGCUGCCUUUUCUGCCGGAAUAUCACGACGAUGCAACACCAGCGGAGCGAGCAAGUGAUACAGUCUUAGUGACUGACGGGACGCAGGUGCAUAACUUGCACAAAGACAUCUUCUACAUCCCGGAUCCAACCUUGGCAUUUGUGGGAGUCCCAUACUACACAGCGACGUUUACGCUGUUUGAAUUUCAAGCAAUAGCUGUAGCGAACGUUUUUGCCGGGAUUGCGGAGCUACCAGCGGAGAGUGCGAUGAAAGACGAAUACACCCGUAAAAUCGAAGAGAAGGGUAGUGGCAAGCGCUUCCACUCUCUGAAGGAUAUUGAAGAAUUUUACGUGAUUGACCUGUUGGAGUGGAUCAAUGGAUACAGAGCUAAGCAUGGUCUCUCCGCGAUCGAAGCCCACUCAGACAGUUGGCAUCUAGCGAAAGCCGAGCAGAGGGAGAGAGUUAAGGUGCUACUGGGGACUGGCCGGAGACGAGACAGCGGCAUCGGGGAGCUUCCGGUGUUGGAGACCGGAGUAACCAUGGCUCCAUCGCCAACUACGGUUGAAGAAAGAGCAGUUGACACAUCCAGUGGAAUUGUCCAACAAAAUCCAAAGCGGAGAUGGGUUAGCUACAUCUGGGAUACAUUCGACAAGUCUCCCGAGGAGCGCAGACUGCUCUUCAAGCUGGACACAGCUAUCCUAACAUUUGCAUCGCUAGGCUACUUUAUCAAGUAUCUCGACCAAGUCAACAUAAACAAUGCCUUCGUUUCCGGAAUGAAGGAAGACCUUGGCUUAUACGGCAACCAGCUCAACUACAUGCAGGCGUGCUGGACAGUGGGCUAUGUGAUUGGUGAAAUCCCAAGUAACAUGCUUCUGACACGCAUACGGCCUAGAUACUGGAUUCCGGCCAUGGAGUUGCUAUGGACAGUCCUUACGUUCGCCUUGUCGCGGAGUACCAAUGCGACGCACUUUUAUGUCUUGCGCUUUUUCAUCGGCCUUGCCGAGAGUAGUUUCUACCCCGGAAUGCAGUACAUCAUCGGUUCGUGGUAUCGAAAAGACGAGCUCGCAAAGCGAUCAUGUAUCUUCCACACCAGCAGUGGAAUUGCGAGUAUGUUCUCUGGGUACCUGAUGGACGCAGUGUAUCAUCUUGGAGGACGGGGAGGAUUGAAGGGCUGGCAAUGGCUCUUCAUGAUCGAUGGAAUUAUAUCAAUUCCAGUGGCUCUUAGCGGCUUCUUCAUUUUGCCGGAUGUUCCUGAAAUCUCGAGUCCGUUUUACCUCAGCGAGCAGGAAGUAAAGUUGGCGCAGAAACGGAUGCAAUUUGAAGGACGGAAGAACAGAGAGCCAUAUACCAAGUCGAAACUGAAGAAGAUCUUCUCUUCUUGGCGCAUCUACUUGCUCACAAUCGUAUACAUCACAUUUAACAACGGCGCAGCAGGCAGUCAACCUGUCUUUCAACAAUACCUCAAAGACUCCACCAACCCCAAAUACUCCGUUGGCCAAAUCAACGCCUACCCGACCACCACAAACGCGGUGCAGGUCGUCACAACCCUCAUCUACGCAUGGACUUCCGACACAAUCCUCCAAGGCCGCCGCUGGCCCUGCAUCAUCAUCGGAGCGUGUAUAAACAUAAUCUGCUACGUCUCCCUCGCGAUCUGGAACAUCCCUACAGGCUGGAAAUGGACCUGCUACAUCCUCGCCGGCGCAGGCUACGGCCUGAGCGGACUAUGCAUGGCAUGGGCCCACGAGAUCUGCACCGACGACAAUGAAGAGCGCGCGCUAGUCGUCGGCAGCAUGAACGAAAUGGCGUAUGUGUUUCAAGCCUGGUUGCCGCUGGUGGUGUGGCAGCAGGUGGAUGCACCGCAGUACCGGAAGGGGUUUAUUACGGUGACGAUUAUGUCUGUGAUUUUGAUUAUUUCGACGGUGGCGACGUGGAGGUUGCAGAUUUGGGAGGGGGAGCCGAAAGUGGUUCAGGGUGAGGGGAUGGAAGUUGAGAGAAGUGAGAGUGAUUUGGGGGAUACUAGUAGUAGUCAUGAUGGGCGUGUGGAAGGAGUAGAUGGGGGGCAGGUAAGGAAGAUUUAG